AUUUUUUUGGUUAAAUCCUAGUUAUCUGGAGGUUUUUAAAGAUAAGUGACGUAAGUUGAUUGCACCGCCAGUGACGUCGAAGCACUACGUGUAUAUAAAUAAAGGUGGGAAUAAACCACAUGCGAUUCGCACCUGGACCAUGGUGGUAAUCUACGAAUGGUUUCUUUUGCUUUUGGUCGGCUCAGUUGGACCACAUUCGGAUGUUGAGUACCUGGAGGAUUUAAUAGCCGAGGAAAUUAAGCGCUCGACUGCAUACUCAUUUCCAAAGGACGCCGGCGAGUAUCGCACCUUUAAUGAUUACCCAAGAGUGUUUGGUGUCGUCGACUUCGUGGUCAUCGGUUCCGGUUCCGGGGGAUCCGUGGUGGCCAGCAGGUUGUCGGAGAAUCGCAACUGGUCAGUUCUUCUACUGGAAGCGGGAGGUGAAGAGAGUAAUUUUACCGAGAUCCCUGCCAUGUCUAAUUAUGCGGCCAACCUGGAGUACAACUGGGGUUUCAACAGCACUUUUCAAAGCACUUGCUGCUUGGGCAUGAAUGGAAUUUGCCCUUUUCCUAGAGGCAAGUCGCUUGGUGGCACGACGGCAAUCAACGUGCUGGUCUACGCCAGAGGAAACAAGAUGGACUACGACAAGUGGUCGGAGGAUAGCCCAGGGUGGGGGUACCGAGACGUUUUGCCAUACUUCAAGAAAUCGGAAAACUUUAACACCAAGGGCGACAAAGGCUACCACGGCUACGGUGGUUAUUUAAAUGUCGAACGUCAUUCCCCAACAAGCAAGAAGGUGAACGCCCUCCUCAAAGCCUACGCGGAACUUGGUUACCCAAUGGUGGACAUCAACGGUUACAAUCAGCUGGGUGCCAGCAGCAAUCAGUUCAAUACGCUCCACGGUCGCCGCCAGAGUUCAGCCAAGGCCUUCUUGACAUCCACGCGUCUCCGCCGCAACCUGAAGAUCUCCACUCACAGCUACGUCACCAAGAUCCUCACCGACCCCAUCACCAAGGCAGCAACCGGCGUCCUGUUCUCUCACAAAAACACCAAGUACAUCGCGAAAAUAAAAAAGGAAGUCAUCCUCUCGGCCGGCGUGGUCGGAUCACCAGCGAUCCUCAUGCAUUCCGGCAUCGGCCGCAAGCGCCACCUCAACGAGCUCAAGAUUCCGCUCGUCAAGGAUCUCGAGGUCGGCGAAAACUUGCACGAUCACCUGAUCUUCUACAACAUUUAUUUCACCACCUCCAUCACCGAUCCGGUGUACACGCUGCGCGAGUCCAUCGCCCAGUACCUGCACGGUUUCGGACCACUGACCAUAGCCACGAACCCGCAGGGAAUCGCGUUCUUUCAACUGUCGACGAAAAACACGACCGUGCCCGAUAUCGAACUCGUCUUCGUUCCCACCGUUACGACGAACACGUCCGGGUUCGUGGCGGGCGUCCGAGACGACGUCGUCAGGCGCAUGUGGUCGAGGAGGUCCGACGAGCAAAUCUCGCAGAUCACGCUGGUGCUGCUCCACCCGAAGACGCGCGGGCGCGUGUUUUUAAACUCCAGCGAUCCCUUCGCGUAUCCGCUAAUCGAUUCCAAGUGCCUCGCCGACGAGGGUAACGCGGACAAGGAGACCGUUUACAUGGGAAUCGAAAAGGUGAUGGAGCUCUUCGACACCGAGGCCUUCAGGGAGAUGAACGCCACCUUGAUUCCCGACUCGAGGUGCGCCGAUCUCGGUUUUAGAUCGCGCGAGUACUGGAUGUGCUUGAUCCCUUGGUCGUCGUUGAAUGCGUACCACGGGGGAGGGACGUGCCGAAUGGGGCCGGACCCGCGGCACGGUGCCGUUGUCGAUAGCAGGCUGAAGGUUUACGGCGUUAGAAACCUGAGGAUCGCCGACGCGAGCGUCAUCCCGAUCACCAUUUCGGGUCACAUGAGCGCGCCGGCCAUGAUGGUGGGCGAACGGGUGGCCGACUUCAUCAAGGAGGAUUAUAAAUAAAUGAACUCUCAGCAAUUUUCAAUUCAUUAUUCAUAAUGCGUUCCUGUUAUCCUGUAACAUUUAUUUAUUUAUUUCGGAAUUGUGGGAUUUUAAUCCGGCCGAUUAAGUAAGCAUAAUU